GGAAGGGAAGGGGGGAUCCCAAAAAUAGGGUGAGAACAAUAAGGGGGACCCCAGGAAUGGGGAUGGGGGGCAGAGGGGACCCCAGGCCCCGCUGCAGGGUGGGGGUCUCGGGGUCUGUGCCACACGUCCCUGAUCCCCUUCUCCACCCCACCCUCGUGCAGGGACGGUGAAGGAGCUGUCGGGGACCCCCUGCAGCACAGGACCCCCAGAACUGGGGGAAAAAGGGGGAAAAGAGUGAAAGGGCAGCAUGGGGGACAGCGGGGUCCCCCCGGCGUGUCCCCCGCAGGACGGGGACGCGGCGCUCCUGGAACCAGGGGACGGUGCAGCCCAGACCCCGCGCGAUUCCUCGGCUGCCCCCGUGGACUCCCCGAGCCCCAGCGAGCCCCUGGACGGUUUCCCCCUGAAGCAUUCCAACACCUUGACCAACAGACAGAGAGGCAACGAGGUGUCAGCGCUGCCGGCCACGCUGGACACGCUGUCCAUCCACCAGCUCGCUGCCCAAGGGGAGCUCACCCAGCUGAAGGAGCACCUGAGGAAAGGUGAGAAUUUGGUGAACAAACCCGACGAGAGAGGCUUCACCCCCCUGCUCUGGGCCGCAGCCUUCGGCGAGAUCGAGACCGUGCGGCACCUGCUGGAGUGGGGCGCCGAUCCCCACGCGCUGGCCAAGGAGCGCGAGAGCGCGCUGGCCCUGGCCAGCAUGGGCGGCUACACCGACAUCGUCACCAUGCUGCUGGACAGGGACGUGGACAUCAACACCUACGACUGGAACGGGGGCACCCCCCUGCUCUACGCCGUGCGCGGGAACCACGUCAAGUGUGUGGAGGCCCUGCUGGCGUGCGGCGCUGACCUGACCGAGGAGGCGGAUUCGGGGUACACCCCCAUGGACCUGGCCGUGGCCCUGGGACACAAGAAAGUCCAGCAGGUUAUUGAGAACCACAUCCUGAAGCUGUUCCAGAACAAGAAGAAGAAGUGAGGCAGCAACUCCAGCUCUUCCCGGAUCACCAUGGCCUCAUCCCAGCCUGGAGAAAUGCAGGAAUUUCUGCCCUGGUGGAUCCAGGCUUCACCCGGGGGUGGCAUGGCUGCCGUGCUGAAAUCCAGGGACACUCACUCCAGCCCUGGCUCGGCUGCUCCGUGUUUGCCCUCAGAAGUAAACUCUAAUUGCAAUUAAACUCCGUGGAGCCCCA